GGAGCGCCCGCGUGCCCAUUGCGCGCGCGCAGGCGGAUUUCGGAUUGACAUAGACCGAUAGAACUCCUCAGUCGCCUUCCCUGCUACUGCUGGCCAAAUCUUAUUGCGUUUCAUGCAGUAGAAGUGGACGCUUGCUGCACACUGUGAUCAUGCUCCGCAACAAAUGCGCCGCCUGCGCCACACCGCUGGACUCUCAAGACACGACCAGCUGCGUGCGGUACUUGUACGAAUCUAGCGAUGCGUGGCCCGGAUGCGUGCGGUGCCAGACGCGCUACUGCAGCGCCGCGUGUCGGCGCGCCCACUGGCGAGACGGUCACGAGCAGGUCUGCGAGGAGAUAGCCCGCGGCGGUGGCGCGGAACAGCACUACGCGGAUGAGAAGUACAUCGAGGCCGCAGAGGAGGCGAUUAAAAAGUGCGCGGACGACACCAAGGGCCAGACGUGCUACAUCUGCAUGGACGGGGCCGAGACUGGCGAGGGCUUGGUACGCGGCUGCGCGUGCCGCGGGGCGGCGGGGUUCGUGCACCUGUCCUGCCUGGUCGAGGACGCGCAGGUGCAGGUGGAGCAAGGCCUGGAGGACGAGAUGGAGCACCAGCGACCGAUGCUGGUGCCGAGGUUGAUGCGGUACCUCCAGUGCCGCCUGUGCCAUACCGACUUCUACGGCGCCGUCGCGGCCGCCCUCGGCUGGGCGUGCUGGGCGUCCUACGUCGGCAGGCUCGAGGGGGACAAUCUUCGGAACAUCGCGUUGCAGAUCCUCGGGGACGCGCUGAAGCACGGCAAACGGCACGCGGAGUCGCUCGACGCGCUGGAGGCGAAUCUGGUUCGUGUCAGAGAGGGCGAGGACUACGAGGGACGGGAGGGGACCAUCUUUUACGUCCGUAGUCAGAUGGGUGAUUGCCUGCGCGAACUCGGGCGCCGUGACGAGUGCCUCGCCCUGCGACGCGAGAACUACGAAGCGGGGGCGGAAGCAGUGGCGGACGGAGUCGUGUCCAUCAAAGCCCACCUGACCCAUGCGAUCGAAUAUUGCGAGUCCCUCAAUCGGGUCGACAACGCGGCGGCGAAGGCGUUCAUGCGGGACCAGGACCUCAUCGCGCGGGUGACGAGCGAGUUCGGCGAGGACCACCCGACCACGCACGGCUGCCUCCACACCUACGCCUUCACGCUCAUCGGCGACCCUCGGAGACGGUGCCCCGACGACGACCUGGCCGAAGCGACGGCGAUCUUCGUCGACAUCGCGCGAAAAUGGCGACGGAGACUCGGCGCCGCGCAUCCACAGGCGGAAAUGAUGCAGGAAGGGGCCAAGAUAUUGCAGGCGAGGAUCGCCUUCAACGGCGUGCUCGACGAGCUCCUCGCUGCUGCCAGGGGAGACUAAGUUGUCG